GCUGCGGGGCCGGGGCGGGGGGACUCAGCUCCGGCAGCGGCCCCCGGAGUUUGGGGAGGCGGGCGCCAGCCAGACUACAGCUCCCAGGAUGCUUCGGGCGGAUGGACUACACUUCCCGGGAUGCUCCACACUUCCCGGGAUGCUCCGCGGCCCGCGGGGACGGGACUGAGCCUGCGCGCGGAGCCUGGGGCGGGGCCGCGGCAGCGGCCGGGGAGCGCGGGAAGUCCGGAUCCCCGCGCGCGGAGUCCGGAGCAUGAGCCUGGAGCGUGAGCUUCGCCAGCUAUACAAGGGCAAGACCAAGGCCCAGAGGAGCGGGCAGCUGCGAGAGGAGGCCGCCCUCUGCCACCAGCUGGGGGAGCUCCUGGCCAGCCAUGGCCGCUACGCGGAGGCCCUGCGGGAGCACCAGCAGGAGCUGCAGCUCCUGGAGAGCGCCAACGACCCCCUGGGCUGCGCUGUGGCCCACCGCAAGAUCGGAGAGCGGCUGGCAGAGAUGGAGGACUACUCCGCUGCCCUGCAGCAUCAGCACCACUACCUGGAGCUAGCCCGUUCCCUGUCUAACCACAUCGAGCUGCAGAGGGCGUGGGCCACCAUUGGCCGCACCCACCUGGACAUCUAUGACCACUGCCAGUCACAGGAUGCGUUGCUGCAGGCACAGACUGCCUUUGGGAAGAGCUUGGCUAUUGUGGACGAGAAGCUGCAGGGGACAUUGCCCAAGCGAGAACUGAGUGAGAUGAGGACCCGACUCUAUCUUAAUCUGGGCCUCACCUUCGAGAGCCUGCAGCAGAUGGCCCUGUGCAACGACUACUUCAAGAAGAGCAUCUUUCUCGCUGAGCAGAACCACCUCUACGAGGACCUAUUCCGUGCCCGCUACAACCUGGGUGCCAUCCACUGGCGCAGAGGGCAGCACUCCCAGGCCAUGCGCUGCCUGGAGGGGGCCCGGGAGUGCGCACGCAUCAUGAAGAAGGAGUUCAUGGAAAGCGAAUGCUGCCUGCUCCUCUCACAGGUCCUCCAAGACCUGGGGGAUUUCUUGGCUGCUAAAAGAGCCCUGAAGAAGGCCUACAGGCUGGGCUCCCAGAAGCCUUUGCAGAAGGCAGUGAUCUGCCGGACUCUCAAGCAUGUGCUGGCAGUGGUCCAGCUGCAGCAGCGGCUGGAGGAGGCUGAGGGCAGUGACCCUCAAGGCGCCAUGGGCAUCUGUGAGCAGCUGGGGGACCUAUUUUCCAAGGCAGGCGACUUCCCCAAGGCGGCCAAGGCCUACGAGAAGCAGCUACAUUUCGCAGAGCUGCUAAACAGGCCAGGGCCUGAGCUGGCUGUCAUCCACGUGUCCCUGGCUGCCACCUUGGGAGACAUGAAGGACCACCGCCGGGCUGUGCACCACUAUGAGGAGGAAUUGAGAUUGCGUGACGGCAAUGCCCUGGAGGAAGCCAAGACCUGGUUGAACAUUGCGCUGUCCCGAGAAGAGGCUGGCGAUGCCUAUGAGCUCCUGGCGCCGUGCUUCCAGAAGGCUCUCAGCUGUGCCCAACAGGCCCAGCAGCCCCAGCUGCAGAGGCAGGUCUUGCAGCACCUCCACACCGUGCAGCUGAGGCUGCAGCCCCAGGAAGCUCCUGGCGUUGAAGCCAGAUUGCAGGAGCUGAGUGUUGCCAACGAUGGGGAGGACCAGGACCAGGACCAGGACCAGGACGAGGAGGAAGAGGGGGAUGACCACACCCUGGAGGCCAGCGAGGUGGAGCUCUCAGAGAGCGAGGAUGAGAUGGAGGAGGAGCUCCAGAGCUGCCGGGGUCGGCGGAGACUGACUGAGUGGAGUCGGCGCAAUGACGUGGGGGAGACCAUGCUGCACCGAGCCUGCAUCGAGGGCCAGCUGGGCCGUGUCCAGGAUCUCGUGAGGCAGGGCCACCCCUUGAACCCUCGGGACUACUGUGGCUGGACACCCCUGCACGAAGCCUGCAACUACGGGCACCUGGACAUUGUCCGCUUCCUGCUGGACCAUGGGGCUGCAGUGGAUGACCCAGGCGGCCAGGGCUGUGAGGGCAUCACUCCCCUGCACGAUGCCCUCAACUGUGGCCACUUCGAAGUAGCAGAGCUGCUCAUUGAGCGAGGGGCCUCAGUCACCCUCCGAACCAGGAAGGGCUACAGCCCACUGGAGACGCUGCAGCAGUGGGUGAAGCUGUAUUACAAGGAUCUGGACAGCGAGACACGAGAGAAGGCUGGCGCCAUGGAGAGGCUGCUCCAGGUGGCCUCCUUGGGCCAAGCUCCCCACAGCUCCCUGGCUCCCCAGACCUUCCUAAGUAACCAUCUCUUUGACCCUGAGACCUCUCCUCCCUCAAGCCCCUGCCCAGAACCCCCAGAGACUUCUCAGGCCAGUGCCAGGGUCUCCCAGGGGCAGGCGGUGCCAGCUGUGGCCAGGCCUCGGAGGAGCAGGCACGAGCUGGCUAGCAGUAGCAGCUCGGAGGGCGAGGACAGCAUGGGCUUCCCCCAGCCGAUCCAGAAGAGGCCUCGGCACUCUGCCCCAGCACAGCAGACCAAGGCCCGGAUUCCUGGCCCCACCAGCAACAGGGAAGCAGCCACAGCGAGUGCCGGCCGGGCAGCCUAUGUGGCAGCCAUCCGAGGUGUGGGCAGUGCCCAGAGCUGCCGCCGGGGGCCUGGUGCACCUCGAGGUGCAGGCGAGGCCCCCGUCCCCCAGGCAGCGCUCAUCCCCGAGGAGGAGUGCCCGGCUGAGGACUGGCUGGAAGACGACUUGCUGCUGACCCAGAGCCACCGGGGCCGCCGCCUGCCCCGCCCCCAGGGCGGUGGGGACAGCGCCAGGCACUGUGCCUUGGAAUCGGGCAGAGACAAGAGCCCUGUCAGGCUGCAGGCCCAGGCCAGGCAGAGCCAGCUGCCCCAUCUCAAGAGUCGGAGUGCGCAGGUUGCGGCAGGUGGAGACCACAGCUCGGCUGCAGAGCCCCCACAGAGCCCCGACGUCCCCAGGGCCUCAGGGCCCAGCGGGGAGACCCCUGUGGCAGGCCAGCCCUCGGGUCCGGUCCUGCCCCCUCCCAUCCGGGUUCGAGUUCGAGUUCAGGAUAAUCUUUUUCUCAUCCCUGUCCCACACAGCAGGGAAGCCCACUCUGUGGCCUGGCUGGCUGAACAGGCUGCCCAGCGCUACUAUCAGGCCUGUGGGCUGCUGCCACGGCUCACCCUACAAAAGGACGGGGCCCUCCUGGCCCCACAGGACCCCAUUCCUGACGUGCUGCAGAGCAAUGAGGAGGUGUUGGCUGAAGUGACUUCGUGGGACCUCCCCCCACUCACUGACCGCUACCGCAGGGCCUGCCAGAGCCUGGAGCAAGGGGAGCACCAGCAGGUGCUGCAGGCCAUGGAGCGCCACAGCUCAGGCCCCUUGUUCAGUGCCUGCUCCCUGGCCCUGCGCCAGGCCCAGCUCACGCCCCUGCUACGGGCCCUCAAGCUGCACACAGCACUCCGGGAGCUACGCCUGGCAGGGAACCGGCUAGGGGACGGAUGUGCCGCCGAGCUACUGGCUGCCCUGGGCACUGUGCCCAACCUGACCCUCCUCGACCUGUCCUCUAAUCAUCUGGGCCCUGAAGGCCUGCGCCAACUUGCCAUGGGCCUCCUGGGGCAGACCACCUUGCAGAACUUGGAGGAGCUGGACUUAAGCAUGAACCCUCUUGGGGAUGGCUGUGGUCAGGCCCUGGCCUCCAUUCUGCAGGCCUGCCCCUCGCUCAGCACCCUGCACCUCCAGGCUUGUGGCUUUGGCCCCAGCUUCUUCCUGAAGGCAGCCCUAGGCAGCGCCUUCCAAGGAUUACACAGCAGUGCUGAUGGCCACAUGGAGCUGACAGAGGUUCUGGGCCCUGGUGCAGAUGCCAAGCACCUGAAGACGCUGUCCCUGUCCUACAACGUCCUGGGCACCUCCGCCCUCGCCCAGGCCCUGCAGAGCCUGCCCACCCACACCCUCCUGCGCCUGGAGCUCAACUCCGUGGCAGCCAUAAAGAACGACACCAGCUUGGUGGAGCCCCUGGUCAGAUACCUGACCAAGGAAGGCUGUGCUCUGGCACACCUGAGCCUGUCUGCAAACCACCUGGGCGACAAGGCAGUGAGAGACCUAAGCAGAUGUCUCCCUCUCUGCCCCUCACUCGUCUCGCUGGACCUGUCUGCCAAUCCUGAGAUCAGCUGUGCCAGCCUGGAGGAGCUCCUAUCUGCCCUCAAGGAGCGACCCCAAGGCCUCAGCUUCCUCAGCCUGUCAGGCUGUGCCGUCCAGGGCCCCUUGGGCCUGGGCCUCUGGGACAAGAUCACCGCGCAGCUGCAGGAGCUGCAGCUGUGCAGCAGACGCCUCUCCGCUCAGGACCGGGACACUUUGCGCCAGCUGCUGCCCAGCCAUCCGGGCCCUGGUGCAUGCACCCUGGACCGCGGCCCCAAGCUCUUCUUCAGGCGCCUCUGACGGCGCCGCCCCGUCCCCCUCCUCCAGGAAGCCCUAAUAAAUCAGAGCGGCUGCUGCCGCAAGGCCCAAGGCGGGUGUCCGCUUUGCU